AUCGCUCGUCGCCGAUUCAUUUCGAUCGAGAGACGUCUUUUAAAAUCGCCUGACAUCCGUUCGCAAUAUAUUUCAUUUAUGGCCGAAUACGAAAACCUCGGUCAUAUGUCCGUUGUGGCAAACCAAAAUUUAGAUGAGCCUCAUUUUUACAUACCUCAUCAUUGUGUCCUAUAGCCGAACAGCGAAUCAACAAAACUUCGUGUCGUGUUCGACGCCUCAUGUAGGACGACAUCGCACAAAUCAUUAAAAGAUCUACUUUUAGUUGGACCAACAAUUCAACAAGAGCUGUACAUAUUGUUGCUACGAUUUCGCUUGUUUCGAUACGCUAUAACUGCAGACGUCACCAAGAUGUACAGGCAAGUACUUUUGAACAAUAAUGAUCGUAAAUACCACUAUAUUCUUUGGCGAGCUUCUCCAGAUCUGGAACUCCGCACAUAUCAACUAAAUACCAUCACAUACGGAACGGCCUCGGCUCCAUAUCGUGCAGUGCGAAGCCUUCACUAUUUAGCAGACAAGUGCAUGGAUGAGUUGCCAGUUGGUGCCUCGGUUGUGAAGUCGUCUUUCUAUGUGGAUGAUAUGCUUUGUGGAGCUGACAGCAUUGAUGCCUUGCGUACGGUAAAAAGCCAAGUUAGUGCAGUUCUCGAGAGAGGUAGCUUUCCAUUGUCGAAAUGGCACUCCAACCACGUAGACUUCAGGGAAUGCCAAACAUCAAAAGAGCUCAACUUCACAGAAGAUUUAGUAACACUUGGUAUCACAUGGGAUCAACUGGAAGAUGUGUUCCUGUUUACAUUUGCACCAAAGGAAAUUCAUACUGCGGUCACAAAACGCACGAUCCUUUCGAUCGCCUCAUCACUCUUCGACCCGCUCGGAUUGCUUGCACCUCUUCUGAUCACAUCCAAAAUCGUACUCCAAGAACUGUGGCUUUUAAAGCUCGAUUGGGACGAGUCCGUGCCACAAAACCUGCAACACGCUUGGAGCAAAUGUCUCUCGGUUCGCUAUCAACGCUCGCGGUGCCUCGUUAUUGUCAACAGCCAAACGCAUGCAAUCUCCAAAUUCACGGCUUUUGCGACGCAUCGAUUCGAGCAUAUGGUUGUUCUUUGUACUUGCGCACUGAAGGCACAGAUGGAAAUAUUGCUGUUCACUUGCUGACAUCGAAGUCACGAUUGGCUCCUGUCAAAAAACAAUCGCUCCCUGGAACAUAAAAAUAUCUCCAGUCUAGAUCAUUUUGAGAGGAUCACCUCAAUUAAACAACGCUUUUGGCGUCGCU